ACGCAAACGGGGGGCGUCGUAGCGCGUGUCGUAUCAGUGUAGUAAGUGUGUUUAUUUCGAAGCCUCUGUUGUGUUCGCGUCUGUCUUUGACAUGAAGAGAAGGGGAAGGGAUCGUCUGGCCCUGAUGCUAGCUGUUCAGUGAAGACAGAAAGAGAGAGAGGCCUCUACAUAAAUGUUAUGAAAAGGAUCGCCUUUCAGCACCUCAGCAACAAUUAACAACAUAUCCCAGAGUUCUUUUCUCCUCUGCUCCCUGAGGGUGUCGGUGUGCCUCCUGUCACACUGGCAGAGGAGGUUGGGCAGGAGGUGUUGCCAGGUGGAGGACCAAGGCUGCACCCACCUGCCUUCUCCAUUUGCCUCCAUCCCUGUGCGAGCCACCUGACCUACAGCUUCCACAGGCGGGGGGCUGAUCCGUCCGAGAGCCUCAAAGGUGCAGUAUCCAGAUUUGGACAUUGCAGGACGCCACUGAUUGGGCUCUGCCAGGCGGCAUUGGCUGGUUGAGGAAUAGAGCAUGCUGAGUGGUUGUGGUUGCCAUGGAGCCGCGGGAUAAGAAGCAGGAGGAGGAUGCUGUGACUCUGGGCCUUUCAACUGGCCAGGCUCUAGCGAAGCUCCGGGACCAGCUCAGCAGUCUGCUGGAGCAGCAUCAGAGAGCUGCACGCAGACGAGCCUCAGUGCCGGAACAAUGGCUGAACAGCUUCCUAUACCAUGGCAACCGUCACUCCUGUCUCCACUGGCCAGGGGCUGCCCUCACUCUGCUGGUAGUGCUGGGACUCUUCUGUUGCCAUGGCAGCCAGCCAAAGGGCAGCUCUGGUAUAGAGCUGAUGAAUGCCGCAGCUCUCCUUCUCCUCCUCCUGCUGAACUUGCUGCUGGUCGGACGUCAGGAGCGACUGAAGAGGAGUGAGAUGGUCCGACGCCUUAAGGGCAUCAUCACACAGCUCAGUGACUACCUGUCAGGAUGUGUGGGUGAGGUCCGCUGGUCUCCAUCUCUAUAUCCUGACCUUUACACACCCUCAUCCCCGUCAUGGUCCCUUCACUGGACGUACCGUGACUCCCAGCUGGUUAACCUGCCCGUCAGUCUGCUGGUGGAAGGAGACAUCAUCGCUCUGAGACCCGGCCAGGAAGCGUUUGUGUCCCUCAGAGGCAUUAAGGAUGAUGAGCACAUAGUGUUGGAACCUGGAGAUUUAUUUCCCCCAUUCUCUCCUCCUCCUUCCCCACGAGCCAAAGAGAAAAGAGGACCCCAGAGCCCCCAGCAUCACCGCCUCUUCAGAGUGGUCCGCACUCCAGUUCUGGACAGUGUCAGGAACAGUCUGGAGUUGGCGCUGUCCCGGCCAAUCACAGUCAUGGAUAAUGAGAGGUUUACAGUACAGUCGAUCAUCGCCAAAAUAGUCUGUCCCAUUGUCGUGGUGGUGUUCCUGCUGGUGAACACCAUUCGCUACUUCUGUGAUGCCCCCAGCCUCACCCCUGUCUGCUAUAAUUUCCUUCAUCUUCAGCUGAUGGGUGUUCUGCCCAUCUUACCCCUGCUCUUCCCUGUCAUGUGGGUGCUGGUGAAUGCCUUCGGAGAAGCCAGGGUCCUUGCUGAAUUCAGUCGCGCGUCACCAGCUGGCCUGCUUGCUAAGUUCUCUGAGGACACUCUAAGCAGCUACACCGAAGUGGUUUCCUCUCAGGAGAUGCUGCGAUGUGUAUGGCGACACCUGGUUGGCGUCUUGAAGGGAGAAUCUCAGACGCUCUGCUAUACUUCCAGCCUCUUACACACUCUGGGAUCUGUCACUGUGCUGUGUUGUGUGGACAAACAGGGUAUCUUAUCGUGGCCUAACCCCAGCCCAGAAACAGUACUGUUCUUCAGUGGACGAGUGGAACCACCUCACAACAGCCAAGAUGACCUCAGGGACGACCUGUCUGUCAACUCCUACUGCCGAAUGGAGAUGGAGGAUGACAGGGAGGAGCCCGGCCAGGAGGCGGAGGCCCUGCUCUGUCUACCAGCAGAGACCUCCACCCAGCCGGCAGAGGGGCCCGAGCCCAGUGAGACGUCGCAUGACACAGCUCGUUCCUCGGAUACGCUUCGGCUCCAGCGCUCCUGCCAGCCCGCACAGACUCGCACAAAACACCACUCUGGAUCCAAUGUGAGCUUCAGCCAUGACACUGAGGGAGGCGAGGACGACCAUACGCAGGAUAUUGGGAUGGGCUGCCCUGAGGCCGAGGCCGAUGACUUUGUGUGCGACUACCACCUAGAGAUGCUGAGCCUGUCGCAGGACCAGCAGAACCCGACCAGCAUCCAGUUCGAUGACCUCUCCUGGCAGUGCCACCUGCCCUCCCUCAAGCCGCUCGGCCUCAACAUCAUGUUGAACCUCUGCAAUGCCAGCAUCACGCAGCAGCUGUGCCGCUUCUCUGACCACCUGUCCAACCUGGCUCUGCAGGAGAGCCAUGGUAGCGUGCUGCCUGUCUGCGUCCCCUGGGGGCUCUGUGAGCUCUCCAGACUCAUAGGGUUCACUCCUGGUGCGAGGGAACUGUUUAAACAGGAAAACCACUUGGCUCUGUACCAGCUGCCAUCUGGAGAGAAGACCAAGGAGUUCAACUCCCGCCGCCUUCACUACUUCACCAAACGGCAGCCUCCCAUCUCCCACCUCAUCUCCCUGUUCGUACGAGACUCUUCCUCCAAUAAUGUGCAGAUGUUGUCACACGGUUCGGCCGACCUUAUCCUCGAGGCCUGCACUGACUUCUGGGAUGGAACUGACAUCUACCCCCUCUCAGGCUCAGAUAGGAAGAAGGUUCUGGACUUCUACCAGCGUGCCUGUCUGUCAGGUUACUGCUCCGCCUUUGCCUACAAGCCCAUGCAAGUAUCGCUGUCCACUCAACUGAAUGGGAAGUGUGUGGAGCUGGCCCCUGGUCCCUGCCUCUUCUCUGGUGUGGAGCUGCCUUCCACCACCCCCAUCAAGCACAAUUCCUGCAGGAACAGCUGGAGCUCAGAUGAGGGUAUAGGUGAGGGCGUGGAGCGUGAGGACUGUGUACAGGCCCUGAGUGGGCAGAUCUUUAUGGGCAUGGUGUCGUCCCAGUUCCAAGCCAGGCUGGACACCGUGCGACUCAUCGAUGCCCUGGUCACCGCCUGCAUCCGCUUUGUUUACUUUUCCAUGGACGAUGAGCUCCGCAGCAAGGUGUUUGCAGAGAAGAUGGGUUUAGAGACAGGCUGGAACUGUCACAUCUCUCUGACUCCAAACGGAGACAGUCCCUGUGACGGAGCUCCAUCCAGCCCCUGCCAAGGAUCACUGCACGAAGACCUGAACCAAGAUUCUCGAGAUGAAGCAGAAGGUCCGCUGCUGCCAGAGGAGGAAGCUCACUCUGACAUGGUCAGCUUCCAACCCACAGACAGCGACGUACCCAGCUACCUGGAGGACUGUAACAGAGCCAAAUUACCUCGUGGGAUCCAUCAGGUUCGCCCUCAUUUGAAGAACAUUGAUAAUGUGCCUCUUCUGGUGCCACUCUUCACUGACUGCACCCCUGACACCAUGUGUGAGAUGAUGAAAAUCAUGCAGGAGAACAGGGAGGUCACCUGCUGUUUGGGAAGUUCUGCCAAUUUCCGUAAUAGCCGCCUUUUCCUGCAGAGCGACGUCAGCAUAGCUCUAGACCCUCUGUAUCCAUCUCAGUGUUCGUGGGAGACUUUCGGCUAUGCCACCGGUGGAGGGUUUAACGGAGAUGUUGAAGGGCUGUCCCCUCUGAGACUGUCUGGACAGCUCAAUAGUCUGGGCUGCUCUGUCACCUUUCACCAAGGAGAGAGCGUCAGCAUGGUCAAGCUCAUAGAGCAGGCACGACACACUACCUACGGUAUCCGAAAGUGCUUCCUCUUCCUGCUGCAGUGUCAGCUCAGUCUAGUCAUCAUCCAGUUCUUAGCCUGUCUAGCUCAGCUUCCCCCUCCCAUGAACACCACCGAUAUUCUGUGGGUGUCCUGUUUCAGCUACCCCCUGCUAAGUGUUUCACUUUUGGGAAAGCCACCUGACAGUUCAGUUAUGUCCGUUGCAACGGGGAAGAACCUGGAUGCAAUUCCUAGGAAGACUCAAAACUACUUCCUCGGCUGUUUCCUGUUGAAGUUUGGCCUGACUAUGUGUGCCUACUUGCUGGCAUUUGGGUUCACCCUGCAAGAGGUCUGCCUCGCAGGCAAUAACGUGACCUUCACCGACAACACCACUGUCAGCUGUGGCUGUAUAUUCACAGUCAGCUCCUCAGUUGAUGCUCCUCGUUGGUUCAACGAGCUAUCCAACGGCCUGCUGCUGACUCAGAAAGUUAUGGCUGCCUUCCUAGUCUUACACACAGCGGUGAUUUCCCUCAGCUACGUCCACCGCUCUCAGUCUAUGUGGAGAAAAAGUCCGUUCAGCAACACCUGGUGGUGUCUCACUGUACCUGUGGUACUGCUCGGCCAGGUUGUUCAGGCCACCUUGGAUUAUCUGCUGUGGCGUGACCGGAGCAGCCUCCUGACCUUUAACCUGGACGACAUACCUCGGGAAGCCUGGCUGGUGGCCUCUCUGUCCCCACUGCUGGUGGUGUUGGUCAACGAAGUGGUGAAGCUACACGAGAUACGGGUGCGAGUCCGCUACCAGAAGAGGCAGAAGCUUCAGUUUGAAACAAAGUUGGGAAUGAACUCUCCAUUCUGACACGUUCGUCUGAGCAAGUUUGUGCUGCAGCUGCAUUUGGGAACCAGUCAGUCCUUUCUGGAAAUCAGGAAAAGGCAGGGUGCACACACUGUAGCGCCCCCCAUCACCACUUCAACCCAACUGCAUUACAGGUGGAGCAAUUAACAGGCAGAUGUCACAGUGGGGGCUUUGUUAAGUUCCUGGGUCUGUUUUUUGAAUCAGUUUAUUAGUUCUCUGAAGGGCACGUACAGUGAUGAUUCCAAAGCAUUCAUUUCCACUGAAUAGAAAAAGCUAUUCUGUUCACCGUCUUAUUUUAGUUACUUAAAGGCAUGAGGAAUGUUUUCUGAAGAGGUUUAUGCUUUUUCACUGUCAUGUCUGUUCUCAUCACUGAGAGACUUGUGCAUGGUUACUCUCAUCUCCAGGAAUGCUCCGGGUCCCAAACAGACAGCUGAACCACACUGCAAAAGGUUUUCAUCUGAAUUUUAUUGUAACGUUUUUCAAUGAGACGCAGCAGUCCAAAUUGAAUUAAAUUAAAUUAAAUUAUUUUUUUAAGUUAAAGACAAUCUGUAACUAUGGACGCCCGAAGUGUGCAGUUAUUAUCUCUGAUUUCACAUGAAUAUACCAUGUAAAUAAAAUGAUAAUUUCUUAAAUUAUUUUACAAGCUAUUCAAAUUUUGUAUCACUAUUAUGUUUUUUUUUUUAUUAUUAUUAUUUGGUUUUAUAGGGCUUCAUUUUUAUUUCACAGUGGCGCUCAUGACAGCGGCAAUGUCCCCUCAUCUUCACCUUUCAGCCAGCUGCAGGCCUCCUGCUUCUCUUACAUACAGACGCUUAAUGAACCCCAGCUAGCUGGGCAAACUGUCCGCUUGUUCAUUACUCAGUGUGAAGAGACGGUUAUGGAAAAUUAAUUCAGUUUUGAUUCAUACGUUCCUCAGAGAAAAGUACAUACCAUCUAUAGAGGUCCAUAGAGGUUUAGUUACUCUGUCCGCAUUCAUUCAAAGUCAGUUAUUGUAGCUCACAGGAGCAACUGAGGUAAAUCCAGCAGCGUUUUAUGAGCCAUUUGUAAGAGGUAGGAGGCUGAAAGUUGAGAGUGACAAAUGGCACUAUGCCAUAAAACUUGAACUGUAAUGUUUUUAUCUACUAUUGCACACAUUCGGGCUCCAUACAGGAUAGGGUGUUGACACUACCUCUGAAUAAAUGUGACAGGCAAGCUUUUCUGAGCUGGCUUUGUGGACCUUCCUGUAAUUCAGCCCCUGGGCCGCAUUUUAAUUUAAUCCCUGUGGUACCCUGCAAGAUUAUAUCGUAUUGCGUUUCACAAUAAAUGUUCUUGUUGGUCCUCAAUUCCUGAGCUAAUCCUGGCUCAGACCUACUGCAACCCAACACGGAGUAAAGGUCUGAGUUUGAUUGUUCCACACUCAGAUAUCUGCAAAUAGUAGGCCCAUCAUAAGUGAUGGAUUCAUUCGAGGUUUGUUCUGGUACGCUAACCAGAGUCUUCUGAAAGGUGCUUCAUAUCAAUCAGUUGCCUUCCUUCAGCCUCUCUGCUUAUUUCAACACUUCAAUCGACAAGAGUCCACGAUACUGUUUAGUUUUAAAGAAUAUAAAAAUGAUAGUUAAGUUGCCCCAGAUUUCAUAUUUGAUCUCUCUGCCUCCGUAUUCCAGAGAUUUAACACCUUAUCAUCCUCUAGGAUCCCCAUUAAUCUGCUGCCGUGUUUAUUUUAGACCUCUUAGUUCCCAUGAUGCAUCAGCAGCAAACGUCUGUAUCACUGAUGACUGUCCUCAGACCAGCCGUGUGUGGUGCUGUCAUUAUUUGAAACGGAUGCAAUUUUAGUAACUUUACCAGUUGAAUGAUGGUUUGGGGUUAAUCACAAUCAAAUGGAAAAAUGUGUUAAAUCAACAUGGAAUGUAAAAGUUGUUCUUGUCAGGGCUGUAUUAACCCAGAAGGAGGCCUGAUGCCCUGAGUGAUCGGUUUCUCAAGUUGUAAAAUGUAUUACACCCUGACAUACUAUACUGUGACAAAUGUAUGCUGUAAUAUAGGAAUAGCUUUUCUUUUUCUUUCAAAAUUAAAUGGGAUCCACACACAUUUACAUAUUAUAUGUCACAUGUUUUUAAAAAUUAUAUUCCAACCUGUGAUCCACCCAGAAUUUUGGUCAACUUUUGGUGUAUCCCAGUUUAAAAUUUGAACCAAACAUGACAUCUGGGGUUCCACAUCAUGACUGUAGCUACCACUGAUAACACUGAGGUCAUUUAUCUAGGAACUUUGAGGUUUUUUUUUUUUACCAAUCUGUGGGGAAUUUAUAUUCUAUAAUUAACAAUUUGUCUCCUGGUGGUGAUUUGUGAUGUCAAAAUUUAAAUUUGACUGGUUUUAGGUCAGCAAUGAAUAUAUAAAAAUUGAUUUAGCAUUUAGCCACCAUGUUUAUAUUUCUUAUGGAGUACAGAAGGCCUUGAAACUAAAUUUAAAUGUGACAUGUUGAUUUUUUGGGGGAGGUUUAAAGUGGGGUUUGUCUGUGAGUAGGCAUGAGUAAAGAUGUGCCGUGUUUUGGGGGCUUCAUGGCACUAAAGUUGUGGUGGUCACAUGUGGAUACACACAAUUUCUGCCACAAAACUACUGAUAAUGGUUUUAGGAAAAGCAUUACAGUGCACCGUUCAUAAUUGCGCCUUUGGUUUGCCCCGUUUUAUACUCCACUCUUUUAUAUCAGACAAACAUAUGGACUGUGCUGCAUGAAAAAGAUCCGGUGAAUGCUCUGUCUUGAACAAUGUACAUGUUAUCUAUAGAUCUACUGUUCUGUUCACAACACAAAUGGACUCAGUCAGCAUGGACUUUAUACUGUAUGUUAGCAGGCCUCUGGUACGAGCUGCAGGCCUGUUUCAAUUGCUGUCACAUACAUGCGAGGAGCUGAAGCCUUCCUUCGUUGAGCUCCAGGGUGGAGGUGUGGGUUGAUGGACUACAACAUAGUUGUUCACAAGACACAAAAAUGUAUAUUUUGUAUUUUUUAAAGUCUCUAUGUUCAAGAUUUUGAGAUAUUGUUUGUGAACUGAUUAUGUGUUCUUAAUAAAUAUGCUCUUUUAUUUA